AGGUUCAGGAUUUCAGCGUGUUUUGUGUGCAUGUGUGCCGUUUUUGCUUACAAAUUAGCGCUUUCCGGGCUUUAGUUUCUGCUGCAAACCUGCAAAUUACCUCGAAUUCGGAAGUAAGCACACUUCUAAAGUGUUCUGUGCUAGCCAAAUUACGGCUACCGCUGACAGAAUGGCACUAAAAAUUACCGGCAAAACCGAGGGACAACUGCAGUUGCAUCUGACCACGAAGCAGAAGCAAUUUGCUGUUCCAGAUGUCCCGUACUCGAUCCGAGCGAAUGUCAACAAUAAAGAACUGAACGUGCUGAUUAAUACUUUGUUAAAAGAUUCCGGUAGCCCGGAAGCGGGUAAAGUGGAGUUCGACUUUCUGCUAAAGGGAGAGUUUGUGAAGAUUCCUCUCGGACAGCAUCUGAAGGAACGGGAAAUUUCCUUCGAAGAUACAGUUGAGCUGGAAUAUGUCGAACGUUAUCCGGCACCGGAGCCACAGGAUUGCCUGUUGCACGAUGAUUGGGUUUCCGCCCUUGAAGCGCGAGAUGGUUGGAUUCUGACAGGGUGCUAUGAUAACACCUUGAAUAUUUGGACUGCUAAAGGUAAACACAAGUUGACAAUUCCGGGUCAUAUUGCACCGGUCAAGGGUGUGACAUGGAUUUCGCUGGACGAGGAGCGGGGUGUGUUUGCCAGUGCAUCCCAGGAUCAGAUGGUCAUGUUGUGGGAGUGGAAUGUAGCUGCCAACUCCGUGGAGUGUGUGCAAGUAUGCAAGGGACACGAGCGCGGAGUGGACUGCAUAGCUGCUAACCAGAGUAAGACCCGAAUGGCCACCGGAAGUUGGGAUACGAUGCUGAAGAUAUGGUCUACGGAUGUACGAGGCGAGGAUAGCGAGUCGCACCCAUCGACCAGCAAACGACAGAAACUGGAUCAGAGUAACGCGCGAACUCCGAUUCUCACACUGGCCGGCCACCGGGAGUGCGUUUCCGGCGUUCAGUGGAUUGACGACAGCACGAUUGUAACUUCGUCCUGGGAUCAUACGAUAAAAAUUUGGGAUCUAGCCUUGAGUGGCAUUAAGUCGGAAAUAUCGGGACAGAAAUCUUUCUUCGAUUUGAGCUACUCGCAGCUUAAUGGGUUGAUUAUUGCCGCUUCGCCGGACAAAAAUCUGCGACUUUAUGACCCCAAGUCGAACCAGGGAACUAUUGUAAAGAACACCUACUUGGGGCACACUCAAUGGGUCCAGACGGUCUGCUGGAGCACCACCAAUGAAUAUUUGUUCGUGUCCGGUGCCUACGAUAAUCACGUUAAGCUAUGGGACUAUCGCAGCCCAAAGGCACCGAUCUUUGAACUGAUUGGCCACGAGGACAAGGUUCUAGCGUGCGAUUGGUCAAACCCAAGGUAUAUUAUCUCCGGUGGAUCGGAUAACUCGGUACGAGUUUUCAAAUCAAAAGUUGCGACACAGACGGAAUAAUAACACAUAGAGACAUAAAACAGAUAAUCAGUUGAAUAUAUAUUGAGUAUAGA